AUCCAUGUAUCUGUCCCGGCUCAAAUUGCGCAUUGCGCUUAAAUCUUUGUUUUGAUUAAAUUGUUAAAAAAAAACGCCAUGGCCGAAAAAGAGCCCAACGGUAGUGACUCCUCUGAUAUGGACAACAAUUCUUUUCACUCCCUCUGUGAGAGCCUGUCGUCCUCCGACAGCUUGGACGCUUCGUCGACGUGUGGCAGCGAUUGUGACGGUGAUGAUGGACCGCAAAAUCCUGAGGAGCAGCAGUGUGCCCACUCGUCGUCGUCGUCAUCGGGGGUCAGCAACACCAUGCAGUCGUUCAGCUGCACCAACAUCACGGACCAUGAGACUUCCAUGGACAAUGCCGAUGAGACUUCGAUUGUGGAGACACCCAAGCAGAAGAAGUCAAAGAAAGUGUCGAUUUGGCAUCCGGGCGCGGGCAACAGCGGCACCCGAAAACUGCCUCCAGUGCCAUAUGUGCUGCCCAGUAUGGAGGCAUUCAGCUUGGAUCGUCCCACAGCGACAUUAAAUGAACGCGUAGUGGCCGGCACCAGCCGCAAAAGUGAGGCCAUGCACAAGAUGUUGUACACCGGCAACUGGGUGGACUCGCAGAAGUUUAAUAAGUUUGAUUUGGUCGUCAAUGCCUACCAGAAGUAUAAAAGUGGGAAAAAAAAUGAGUCUGCUGCUGCUACUGUUGAUCAACCCAAGGAGACUUCGAACGAGCAGGUGGUCUCCCCGAAUCAGCAGCAGUCCAAGCCCGAGCCUGUGGAGGAGGAAUAUGUGUCGCCGUUCAAAAAUAUGCCACUUGAGGAACGCCCAAAGGAAUCACCACUGCUGGCUGGCCUAAAGAAGCCAAUUGUUCUGCCUGCUGGCUAUGAUCUGAGCGCCUUGCAAGUAAUUAAGAAUCCGAACCAUUGGUCCCUGCGCCCAGGCGUUCGCACUGGGGAUAGAAUUUAUUAGCAGUACAACCGGCGUGUACGAAUAUUCAUCUACAUAUUUACUCUCUCAUCUUCAAUAAAGGCCAAAAGGAGACCUUAGCAAAACAA